ACUACAAUUUUAACUUUGAGCUUAAGGUGUGCGCGGACCAGGUGACCCCAGUGACUGAAAAUAUCGUGCUCAAAGACAAAGAAGGCUAUGGGUGAGAUAUAUUCACAUAAAACAAGAAAACAGCAUAAAAACAUUAUAAACGUUAAGCAUAUGAGUUUUUACCUGAGCAGACCCAGACCAACCAAAAAUCCCCUUCUAGAUAUUCAUGAAGCUGCAUUACAGAAAUAAAGAAAGGAAAAAAAAUUAAAUAGUAGCAGUGUACCCAUCUUCAAUAUCUUCUGUUCAAAUAUCUGCGCUUAUAAAGUUUAUUGAAGUUCUGUUUCAUCUAUCUGCACAGAUUAUUCUGGUAAACUCGAUUAAUUGUUCUUCUUUUAUUGUCUGGUGACCUCCUGAUUAUUCUCGUUAGUACUACUUUCAAUGGCUGCGUGCCUUAAACUGAAGUUAUACUCACAUUCUGCUAACAGUAAAUCGCAGCAAAGAAUACCCAUUGAAAACAGUGUGUUCCGACUUGUCAUUAUUGCCCAGUCCUCGUCUUCUUCAUCUUCAUCAUCGUCUUUCAGUAAUGGGAAACGAAACAAAAAACCCUUUUUAGAGGCGGGGCUUUCGAAACCCUCUAUCACCGAGAAAGAAAUCCUGGCACUCACAAAAGAGAAGGAAACUGCAUUUGCAGAUUUCUUGAAGCUGAAGGAAGAUGAAUUAAGUGAUGAUGGUAUCAGUCAAAUUGUGGAUGCUGCCACUGAUCUGAAGAAGAAAGUGAAAUUGAUGAUUAAGAGAGGAGGGUUUUGGAAGAAAAUUGGUUCUCCGUCGAGGAAAAUCUUUGGUAUUGUGGUGCUCAACAUUCUCACUGUUAUUUAUGCUAGCAAUAUUCCCGUCAUAAAAGAAGUAGAAGCUGUUGUAGAUCCUUCAUUAUUUUCUGUGGCUCGAUUUACAGUUGCAACAGUUCCGUUUAUACCAUUCAUGUUCCAAACACGGAGGGAUGUUGGAAUCCAAAUGGCAGGACUUGAAUUAGGACUCUGGGUCAGUGGAGGUUAUCUUUUGCAGGGUAUUGGACUUCUUACUUCAGAUGCAGGCCGUUCUUCAUUUAUUGCAGCAUUAACAGUAAUAGUUGUGCCUUUGCUAGAUGGUCUUUUUGGAGCAAGGAUACCAAAGAUUACAUGGUUUGGGGCAACAGUGGCCCUUCUUGGAAUUGCCCUCCUCGAAUCAAGUGGAUCUCCCAUUACUAUCGGGGAUUUUUGGAAUCUUUUGAGUGCCAUAUUUUUUGGUAUCCAUAUGCUUCGGACUGAACAUUUUUCUAGAAAUACAAGGACAGACAAAUACCUAGGACUUCUUGGAUAUGAGAUUUCUGUGAUAGCAUUUGUCUCAGCCAUCUGGUACUGGUGGGCCAAUGACAUGCUGAGUUUUAAUUUUAUGCAUUUGGAGGAUGUAAAUUGGAUGGACUCGUUGCAAAACUUGGUUACUCUUCCUUGGCUGCCAAUAAUCUAUACAGGAUUUUUCUCAACUGGAUUUUGUUUAUGGGCAGAGCUAGCAGCAAUGCGGGAUGUUUCAGCAACAGACACAGCCAUAAUUUAUGGUCUAGAGCCCCUUUGGGGUGCCGCUUUUGCAUGGAUUCUACUUGGUGAAAGGUGGGGCCCAACAGGCUGGCUGGGAGCUGUUUUAAUUCUAGGUGGAAGCUUCACAGUUCAGUUAUUUGGGUCAUCUCCAAUGAAACCAUCAACGCUAUCAUCUAAAAGCCCAUCAGAAUUAAAGGACAGGGAUAUUGAAUGAAACGACACAUAAGCUGAACUCUGAUAUUACACAAAGGACUAGAACAAACAAUUCAAAGAGAUAAAAUAGCACGACACUUGCAUGAGCAGAAAAGAUGAUCCUUUAAAUUAGCAUGUGAUUUUUGCUGAUUGGAGAUGGGCAAGCAACAUUUGAGAUUGGAUCUUUUUACCAAAUGGAUUGAAAAAAAGAAAUUGUAUUAUUUGUAAAAUUGGAAUUGGUGAUUUCAGCUAUUGUACUGCAGUCUGAUCCUUUGUGCGAGUAAGCACUAUGUUGUAUGAUCUUGCAUGUAACCUUUGAGGCACUUGCAUGUGCCAAUAAACCAAAAAAAUACAGAUAUUCCAUCAUCCUGCAGAUUUGUCGACUUGCAUUUAUAGUUUAGCAGUUUCCCAAUGUUCUGGGAAAAGUGGAUCAAGAAAAGCAAUUUGGGAAUGCUCCUCUAAAACAAAAUAACAAAGGAAUGUGGCUGGGGUUCCUUGGAAAAGCAGCAACAGAAGAGCAGAGUACUUCCAUAGCAAGGAAGGCUCAUUGAUGUAUAAAAGGUCCUUCAUGUACUAUUAUUGGGCAACGGGACAUGACUUCUCUAAAAUAAAACAUCAAUUGUUGUGCACC